AUGACAAGAUCUCCCUGGAAGCGCCUACUAUGGUUGAAACAGGAGUACCCAGAUAAUUAUACAGAUCCAAGUUUUAUUGAGUUGAGAGCAAGACAAAAGGCUGAGAGUAACCAGAAGUCUGAUAGAAAAUUAUCAGAAGCUGCUCGCGCUCAAAUUAGGUUGGAUUUUAUAAGUUUCUACCAAACCAUAUUGAACACUUCUUUCAUUUACAUCACUUUUACAUAUAUUUACUAUUAUGGCUUCGAUCCUAUUCCGCCAACUAUUUUCCUUUCAUUUAUAACAUUGAUUAUAUCAAGGACGAAAGUCGACCCUCUAUUGUCCUCAUUCAUGGACGUAAAGUCUUCGCUGAUUAUCACAUUUGCAAUGUUGACUCUCUCUCCAGUCCUCAAAUCUCUUUCUAAAACAACUGCAUCUGAUUCCAUAUGGACAUUGUCUUUUUGGCUGACCCUAUGGUACAUUUUCGUUAUUUCGUCAACAAAGUCCAAAGAUAAACCCUCUAACCUUUCCACCAAUAUACUUGUCGCCCUUGUUGCUGUCCUAUCAUCGAGGCUUUCGACCACAAUCGACGUAUUCUGUUUUCUUUUAAUUUGUAUUCAGUUGAAUAUCAUUCUACCCACUUAUUUAUCGGUGACGAAUAAGGUAGUACCAAUAAUUUCAAAUAUUAUUGUAUACUCAUUUUUGAAUGUUGCUCUAGGUUGGAUUUAUAUGCUGUUGAUUUUCUUUGCUUCAGUAUUUUAUAUUACUGUUUUACCUAAGUGGUUCAUCUACUGGAAAAUCAAUUAUCAUAAACGGGAUAACGAUCUACUAAGUACAUGGGAUGCAAGAACACCAAUAUUGGAUUAG